AUUAUUAUUUUAGUCUUAUUUCUGUCUACAUGUCUCCAUAUGAAUGCUCUCACCAAAAUAAACUCUUCUUCCUUUUUUUCUCAACACAUUCCUUAUGAACUUUGUAUACUUUGGCUAUAUAUAUCAACUUAAACCCAAAGAACUAGAAUGCACAAUAUAACAAACCAUUCUUCUGCCAUGGAUAUCAAAGAUGAGGGACAUUUGAAUCUGGACCUUGACAUUGGAAUGAAAAAUGGCUGCAUUGACCUUGCUUUCGAGCUCCAACCUGAGACUUUAGCAAUCCAAGACGCUGUCAAACUUCUCUUGCAAGCUCUUCAUGAGGAUGUCAAUCGGGAAGGCAUCAAAAAGACUCCUUUCCGUGUCGCCAAGGCCCUUCGAGAAGGGACCAGAGGUUAUAAGCUAAAGGUGAAGGACUAUGUACAGAGUGCUCUGUUUCCAGAAGCAGGGUUGGAUGAAGGAGUUGGGCAAGCAGGAGGAGUGGGAGGACUUGUCGUUGUCAGAGAUCUCGAUCAUUACUCUUACUGCGAAUGUUGCUUGCUUCCUUUUCAUGUGAGGUGUCACAUAGGUUAUGUCCCAUCGGGCCAACGAGUGUUAGGACUGAGCAAGUUCUCUCGAGUCACUGAUGUUUUCGCCAAGCGGCUCCAAGACCCUCAGCGUUUGGCUGAUGAUAUUUGUUCAGCUCUCCAACAUUGGGUCAAACCGGCUGGAGUCGCUGUUGUUCUCGAAUGCUCUCACAUUCACUUCCCGAGUUUGGACUUGGACUCUCUGCACUUGUCGAGCCACCGUGGAUUUGCGAAGCUACUGGUUUCCUCGGGCUCAGGAGUUUUCGAGGAUGAAAGCUCGAAUCUUUGGGGUGAAUUUCGGAGUUUCUUGAUGUUCAAAGGUGUAAAAACGCAAGCUUUGUGCAGAAAUGGCAGCUCCGUGGAAGAGUGGUGCCCGAGCGUUAAAAGCUCGUCUAAAUUCUCACCUGAAGAAGACCCGGAAAUGGUUUCUGCUGUUGUUUCCAUCCUGAAAUCACUGGGAGAAGAUCCGUUGAGGAAAGAACUCAUUGCUACACCAACUCGAUUCCUCAAAUGGAUGUUGAACUUCCAAAGAACCAACCUCGAGAUGAAGCUAAACGGCGUUAACUCUGCCAAAGUCAACGGCGAGGUCAAAGAGAAAAGGCUGCACUGUGAACUGAACAUGCCCUUCUGGUCAAUGUGUGAGCAUCAUUUGCUUCCUUUCUAUGGAGUUGUUCAUAUUGGCUACUUUUGUGCUGAAGGAUCCAACCACAAUCCUAUUGGAAGUUCACUCAUGAAAUCGAUUGUACACUUUUAUGGGUUCAAGCUUCAAGUGCAAGAGAGGAUGACUCGACAGAUCGCUGAGACGCUAUCGCCUCUUGUUGGCGGGGAUGUGAUUGUUGUGGCGGAAGCUGGGCAUACUUGUAUGAUCUCUAGAGGAAUUGAGAAGUUUGGAAGCAGCACUGCAACAAUCGCAGUUUUGGGUCGGUUUUCGAGUGACAAUUCCGCAAGAGCCAUGUUUCUAGACAAGAUUCAUACAACUAAUGCCUUGAAGACAGAUUCAGGCUCUCCAUUUUGAGAUGGUUUCAUGUCUAUUUGUUGUCUUUUUUAUGCUUCUGGUUGUCUUUUUUCUUUUCUUGUAUGAUAAACACUUUGGAAGUCUCUAAACUUCCGAAGCAAACCAAUGAUUUCUUGGUUUUUGAUUCUUCUUCAUGGCUUCGUUUGUUUCGACAUGGAAAAUGAAUAUCUAUCUUUAUGUUA